AUGAUAUCGCCAGAAAGUGGUAACUUCACUGCGAUGCAAAAAGUGGCAACUCACUAUGUAUCAAAAAACGGGAAACUUCAUUAUUCUUCCAGUAAUGGAAAACUUAUUGAUGUUGAAAAGUUUGGAAACUUCUACUACAUUUUCAAUCAGCUUUGCUGUAAACUCAGAGACGCUUUCGGGCGUAGGACACAAAAUUUCACAGUGGCCUGGGCUACCUUUUCUCUCCGUCAUAAGAAUUUUACUACCACAUUUCGAUGUGAGAAUCUAUGUUCGAUGCGGGGGUGGAUAGUCGAAUCCAGUCCACCCAUUACUGCUAGUCAAUACAGCAAUUGGGAUUACAUUCUAGAUAAUAUAGCCACCACUAAAUCUUAA